CGGCAGCACCCGCUGCCAGUGCUGCCUAACCUCCCGUGGACCAAGCCUAAGUGGUAGUUUUUUUUCGUGUCAAUUUUAAAGAGAAAAAUCGGCGAAAGCUAAUUGAUUAAAGGUUAUAAACAACAGAAGAGAUCCCUAUUCACUGCCAGCCAUGUCUUUAUUAAACAAUGACGAUAGUAUUCCCAACAUGGACGAGGAUCCACUGGUGGUCAUUCCGGAUGACGAACCCUCGACGACAGGGCAUAUGCCCAGUGGAAGAUCCAUGGACUCGCUCCGUUCCUCCUUCACCAAUCGUAGUUCCACACCAGAUUCUUCGCACAAUUCGUUGGAAGCCAUGGAAAUGGCCCAAGACGAUCGGGAGGAGAAGGCCCGUCUGAUUACACAGGUCCUGGAGCUCCAAAAUACCCUAGAUGACCUGUCGCAACGCGUCGACUCCGUCAAGGAGGAGAAUCUCAAGCUGCGCUCCGAGAACCAAGUGCUGGGCCAGUACAUCGAGAACCUGAUGUCGGCCUCCUCGGUGUUCCAGUCCACCAGUCCGAGUGCGGCCAAAAAGAAGUAAUCAUAAAUCUCAUCCCACCGGAACUGGAAACCAAAAACCAUCUCAAAUAUGCCUUCUCGUUCACGCUAGAGCUACAUAUAUAAUCUUUAACACUCGAAAUUAAGCUAUUGCAAUGUUGUUUGAGUUGCCCAAUUGUCGAAUUUGUCUUUGUUUAGGCUUAAGCUUAUGGCGCGCUAUGUAUUUUAUACAUAAAAGUAAUUUAUUUAUAUAGAUAAUUAAUAAAUCAAUAAUAUUCCAAAGCAA